CUAAGGCACGAGCACGCGCACACGCACCGCUGGUGGGAGUGGAUGGUUGAACGCCUGAACUGCUGGAUGCUGGAUUCACGAUGGGAUAAUCACGCGUGAGAGGCGAGUUCCCGGGCGUUGGUGAAGCUGUGGUGGGAUUCGGUUUGGACUAUUUUGGAACGAACGAAGAAUGUGGGUCUAAAUCGAGUUCGACCGGAACCUACAGAAGAGAGAGGUGGGAGCCGGUUGAGGUGCUGCAGCGAGCGACAGCGGAGAAGGUUUGGCGAUUUAAGGCACUGGAUUCCGAGGAGGUCUUGGUAGGAAUCCCCCCGCUGCUCGAGGCUUCUGUCCCGGAUGGAUACAACACUCUGCAUCGCUAAUUAGGAUCGCUCUUGAGGGAACAUAACCACCAGUAACCCAUCGUAGACUGCAACAGACGACUACUUAAGGCUGAUCUUUUUUGCAUGGAGAGGGCGCAGUGAGGGCCGUACGAAAGGAGGAGGAGGGCGGCGGGCGGCUCCAUGAGCGGCUUGGGCUCCGCAUGCACCGCCGCGCUCAAGCUGAAGCCCCCGGGCCACGGUACGCGCCCGCUCGCUUCUGAGAGUUGAUGCAUAUGAUCACAACCACCAUGAUUUUUAUGAUUCUGGGCGCUUCAGUUGUUAUGGCGAUCGCCUGUUUAAUGGACAUGAACGCGCUACUAGACCGCUUUCACAACUACAUCCUGCCGCAUCUGCGAGGCGAGGACCGCGUCUGUCACUGCAACUGUGGAAGACAUCAUGUCCACUAUGUGAUCCCAUACGACGGGGACCACUCGCUGGUGGACUCCUCAGAGAACUACUUUGUCAGUGACAGUGUGACCAAACAGGAGAUGGACCUGAUGCUGGGUCUUCUGCUGGGCUUCUGCAUCAGCUGGCUGCUGCUGUGGUUGGACGGGGUGCUACACUGUGCCGUCCGCGCCUGGAGGUCUAGUCGCUACUAUGACACUCCCUCCUGGUCGUGGCUUCCUCAAUUCUGUAACCUGCGGGACCUGCGUAGACGGGCCCAGCUCCGGCAGUUGGACGACUCCAGCGGAAACAUGGUACACAUCAAACAGAAGCUCUACCACAACGGUCACCCCAGCCCUCGUCACCUCUGACUGACCAAACACUAACCUUUGACCUCCACCUUAAAACUUCCAAAAUGGCUGCCUUUAGAGACCUUGGGAAACUGCCCUCAAAGUUCCCUACAAGAGGACUUCAUCGGUACAGCCAAUGAAAACCCCCCAAAUCCACUGGAAUCCUGUCUUGUCCAAAGUGGGAGGAGCCAAACGGACAUUUUUAAAGUGUUUUCUUUAUCUGUAUAGAGACUUUUUCUGUGUUCAUUGUAACUUGGCAUGCUCUUUUAGAAGAGGGUAACACGUGGGUAGAGCUUGAUGCGACUGGGAACUUGGAUGAUUCGUAUUGUUUAUUUAUUUAUUUAUUUUUUGGUUGAAAUGGGAGGGUCUUGAUGAAAUGGGCGGGGUUUUGACAAGGUUGCUGCUUGUGUAAAUAGUUAUACAUAGGGGCACGUUGGGUUUUAGGGGCUGGGGUUAUUUAUUGUGUGUCGUUGAUAGAAAAAUCUAACAGCAGAUUGUCGUAGGAAUGGAACCAAAAGAUGUCUGAAAACUGGAUGUGAAAACGUGUGAUUUCUGCUCAAAAACACAGAUGAAAUUUAGCUUUGUUACUUAGUGAAUUAACUGAAUGUACUACUUUUCCCUGUAAAUAUGUGGAGGGUUAAGGUGGGGACGGGUUACUAGUUGGGUUCCCUGUGCUGCAUCUUUUAGAUGCCAACAAAUGAGUCAACAGGAUACAUCAUCUGCCACACACUUGCCACAUGGUUUUGUUUCUUAACCAAUUGCCUUUCAUGUACCAGGAGCCACCAGCCUAUCAGUAUUGAGCUCCCGGCCCUGGUCCCGCCCCCACCUUUGCCCUCUCUGUCCAGACAUUGCUGUUGUGAGGAUGAAAUGUCUGUUUUAUUAAAAGUGCUGUUGAAGCACAACAGUG